UGUUGGUUUAACAGCCAAUCACCACUUUUGACGACACAAGCCAAUGAAGGGUUGGGAAUAUAAAAAGCCCUCUUGGAAUAUACAAGAUUCACCAGAGUGGUGACUUGUCUCAGGUUGCAUUUGCCUUCAGUGAUUCAGAGUACGGAAAGAUUAGAAAAAGAACGAAAGAAGGGAGGGGGGAAAAAGAAGAAGGAACAGAAGUUCAGUGAAUGUGGGACAAUGCAAAAGUUUAGAAGUUAUAUUUAUAUUUAUCUUCUCAUGCUAAUCAUCCCUGGUCCAGUGGAUCCAAAUGAAAGUAACCAGGCAAAUGAGAAUAUAGAAAAAGACGGACCAUGCAAUGCAUGUACAUGGAGGCAAAGUACAAAAUCUUCAAGAAUAGAAGCUAUAAAAAUUCAGAUCCUCAGUAAACUGCGUCUGGAACAGGCACCAAACAUUAGCCGGGAUGCUAUACGGCAACUUUUACCUCGAGCUCCGCCAGUACAAGAACUCAUUGAUCAAUACGACGUCCAAAGAGAUGACAGCAGUGACGGAUCUUUGGAAGAUGAUGAUUAUCAUGCAACAACUGAAACUAUUAUUACAAUGCCAACUGAAGCUGAUUUUCCGGUGCCAGUGGAAGGAAAACCCAAAUGUUGUUUUUUUAAAUUUAGCUCUAAAAUACAGUAUAAUAAGGUGGUGAAGGCCCAGUUGUGGAUCUACUUAAGACCAGUCCAGAGGCCUACCACAGUAUUUGUGCAGAUCCUGAGACUCAUCAGGCCCAUGAAAGAUGGUGCAACUUCAACUGCAAUUCGAUCUUUGAAACUUGACAUGAACCCAGGCACUGGCCUUUGGCAGAGCAUUGACGUGAAGUCCGUUAUGCAAAAUUGGCUCAAACAACCUGAAUCCAAUUUGGGCAUUGAGAUUAAAGCCCUGAAUGAAAAUGGAAGAGAUAUUGCAGUAACUUAUCCAGGACCAGGGGAAGAUGGAUUGAAUCCAUUUUUAGAGGUGAGAAUUACAGACACACCGAAAAGAUCUCGUAGAGAUUUUGGUCUUGACUGUGAUGAGCACUCAACAGAAUCUCGAUGUUGUCGGUACCCACUCACUGUGGAUUUUGAAGCAUUUGGAUGGGACUGGAUCAUUGCACCCAAACGAUACAAGGCAAACUACUGCUCCGGAGAAUGUGAAUUUGUGUUUCUACAAAAAUAUCCACACACUCAUCUGGUCCAUCAAGCAAAUCCAAGAGGUUCGGCGGGCCCUUGCUGCACACCCACUAAGAUGUCCCCCAUAAAUAUGCUGUACUUCAAUGGGAAAGAACAAAUCAUGUAUGGAAAGAUACCAGCCAUGGUAGUAGAUCGUUGUGGGUGCUCAUGAGUCCUUCAUUAGGUUUGCUACUUCAUAAAUACGGAAUCUACAAAAAAGUUUCCUUGAGCAAUUUCUGAAACUGUGAAUUUUUGAACAAUAGGCCUACCUCUAUUAGGCUGCACUCUAGGCUAUUGCAAAGAUUUCUUACCAGGCAAACUACAGUAUGUGGACUGAAGGACAUUUUAAUGCAUGGCUGGUUUUUAACCAGUGAAAAGAUAAGCUACAAUCAAACUUACAGGAUUUCACAAUGAAUUUCUCAUUCUGGAAA